GAUGCCUCUUUGAACCCAUGGGCCGCAUGUAUUGAUCUCAUGCAUCUCUUCCUCGUCCGCUACUCCCUCCCUCCCUCCUUUAACAAAAACAAAAACAAAAAAAAUUGAAUUUUCACUUGAUGAUUUUGUUUGUUCACAUUUUCAUUUGAAUUAGGUUUCCUUUCUCAAUUUGAUUGCUUAAUCUCUUCUUCUUUAAGAUCUGUUUGGCACAAAAUGGCUAGACGGAGAGUUAAAAAGACGGUUAAAGAAUCUGCACCAAGUAACCAAGAGAACCAGCCCCAAAUUGAAGAACCCAAACAUUUUCCAUUAAUCGACCAAGAAGUGGAGCGUCAAAUUGUGGCAAUUAGGUCAAUGCGUGAUGUGGGAAUCGAGCAUUUGCUAACAGAAUUGCGAUUGCUGCGCUCUUAUUUUAGCAAGGAACAGCUGAAUACACCUGCUUUACAGUUCUUUAAAGAACACCUGCCCAACUUGUCUAUUGAAAGAAAUGAGGAAAAUGGAGAGUUUCUUGUGAAGUGGAAUGAGAAUGUUGAUGAUUUAUCAGAUGGGGCAAACAUAAAUUCUUCUCUCUUACGCCGUUUGUCCUUGGCUUACCCUAGUUGUUCUGCUAACUUAUCUGUUGGUCGAUUCGGAUUAUCAAGCGAUGCAGUGAAAACAAGCAUCCUUGGCGCUGCGGAUAAUUUGCAGAUGACAAAGAUUGUUUUGGAGGGUCAAUCAGAUUCUCAGAUGCUUGGGAUGCAUGAUGGUCUCCGAACCCCUGGGGUUACCAGUCAGAGGCUGUCCAUUGGGAUGACACCAAAAACUCAAAGGCUGCCUAAACGUGGUGAAAUACUUCUCUCUGUCCGGGGUUCACCCCUUGGUGUCUUCGAGGAAGAUAACAUGGAAGCCAUAAAUGAAUCAGAUGAAGAUUGACUGGACAUCUGAACCGAGAAUUUCAAGCUGUUACCUGGAGGUAGAUAAAUUAGCAGGACUAUCACAAGCUGGUGUCAUCAGAAGCGCAAGUGAGAAAAUUCAAAUGACGGUUUCCUUUCUUUACCAAGGGAAUGUGGCUGCAAUCAGAUUGGUCAUCCUAAUCUGCAGAUAUUUAGUCGAAUAUCCCAGCCUGGUCUUUGAGAACGCUAAAAUAGUCGCUGCAGUUAUACGUCAGCUGUAAGUUGCAACAAAUUAAGAUAAAAAAGAAUGGCUUGUACAAUAAUAUCUUGUCUUGCACCAAAAAAAAUAAA